UCGGUGGUUUGUGCUGCGUGGAUUGGUGCGACGGAACGGAUUGGUGGAACGUGCGUCAUGCACCGUGUUGCCUGCAACGUACUACGUGCUUCGUUAACCGUGAAGUGCUGUUAAGUGAAUCGGUGCAACGUGAAUUGGUGCUAGUCUCUACGUGCUACGUGAAUUUAUGCACGAAUUGGUGCCACGUGUUUGGAGGGUCUCUCUCUCUCUCUCUCUCUCUCUCUCUCUCUCUCUCUCUCUCUCUCUCUCUCUCUCUCUCUGUGUUACGUGGUACAUGAAAUCGGUGCUUGGUGCUUCGUGUUACGUGAACUUCAACGUGGGUUCCUGCUACGUGAGCUCGAGGCUUUGUCUACUUUCGUGAACUUGGACCGCUGGGCCGAAGGCUUGUGCUUUGUUGGUUGGAGACUUUGUCGACAUGGCUCACUCAAGAAAUGCUCCAAGAUGCACGCCCACCGUUACGACUCACAUGACAACACCACUUGCGACAACUCCCACUGGCGAAUAGCAACUGCGAAGAAGCAGAUUGGAUGCUGAUUAGCUUUCUCAUCUCUCCUCUACCACCAGCGUGGCCCAUUAAUUAAUUUAUUAACUAGCUGGAUCUGAAGUACUCCAGCAGUCGAUCAACCUGCUUAUCAGCUCGUCAGUGAAUUGGUUGAUUGGAGGAGGGAGGGAGGGGUUGAUCUCCUUUUUUCCUGUGAUCGACAGGGUGAUGGAGGAUGCAGGAGCAAACGAGGGGGCCUCAGCCUUGACGCCGCCGAAAAGGGCGGGAAAGGAGGAUGUAACGCCACGUGGCCAGCUGUCGGACAAGCCUGGCUCUGACCUGGCAGCGCGGAUCAGCAGUCAGUCGGCAGCGUUGAUGGCAGAAUCGUCGAGCGGAGAGGACUCAGCGAGUUGUCUGACGGCUAUGGACAAUUUGGUGGAUGGGGAGCGGCGCACAGGAGGCGGAAAUGGAGGGGUGGACUCAGAGAUUGGUAGGGAAAGGGAUGGGGUAGAGGGGGAGGAGGAGGAGGAGGAGGAGGAGGAGGGGAGUGAGGCGCAGGCGAGAGAGCAAGAAGAUGGGCGGCGGACAAAGCCAGCAUGCCAUGUGGCGGCGGCUCAUGCGGGCCGCGCAGCACCGACGAUGGACGAUCAAUCACCAGCACAAGAAGAGGAGGAAGAAGAUUCCACUGCUGUGACGACUGGGCAGGAUGAAGGUGCGCGCGCGGGCGCAGGUAGAGGAGGGGGAGAAGGAGAGCGCUCCUCCUCGACGAUGGCACGUGGCACGGGGAAGGAUGAACACGUCAUCUCGUCCCGGCUGCAUGAUGUGCUGGAAUCGAAAAUUGCACAGCUGGAAACCUUGUUAAGUGAGAAAAGCAGGGGAGGAGCAGCCGGGGGGGGGGAGGUGGAUGAGGUGAGCAGACAGAGGAGCAAGGCGCUGAGGCGGCAAGGCCGAGAUCUCAAGGCAUUGAUGGAGUCCACGGAGAGUUCCGCCGAGGAAAAGCUGAAAGUGCUGCGCGCCAAGUACGUUGAACAGGUGAAUGAGACGAAGCAAUUAGACAGAGAGAUGGCGUUACUGCGGCGCAAGUGCGAUUUGCUGAGGAAGGAGAAGGACACGCUGAGCGCAGAGGCGACGAAGGGCCAGGCGGUGAAGCAGAAGCUGGAGUCGCUGUGCAGAGAGCUGCAGAGACAAAACAAGCUAGUGAUGGAAGACAGCAGGAGGGUGGCAACGGAGGAGCAGCAGCGGCGAGAAGAACUCGCGGGCCGAUUUCAGAGUACCAUCCAGGAGAUCACGGUGAAGCUGGAGGAGCAAGGCGAAGAGCGCAUCCGACAAAUCAGGGAGAACGAGGCCCUUAGGGAAAAACUGACCCAGUUCACGCAGAAGUACGAGAUACGAGAGGAGCACUUCCAACAUCAGCUGAAGACCAAGGCGUUGGAAUUGCAACUGCUGCACGCCAAGCUUACCCAGCAGAACGAAACCACGAAGCAGGAGGAGGAGAAGGUGAAGCUGCUCAAGGAGCAGAUCACAAGCAUGCUGAAGUCGGAAGCGGAACUCAGAGGCCAGCUGUCAACCUACGGAGGGAAGUUUGAGCAGUUCCAAGAGACUCUGACGAAGAGUAACGAGGUGUUUGCGACGUUCAAGUUGGAAAUGGAUAAGAUGUCGAAGACGAUCCGGAAGCUGGAGAAGGAGAACAGCGCGCUCAAGGCCAAGUGUGGCAAAAGCGAUGUAACGAUCAUUCAGCUGCUUGAGGAAAGAGCGACGCAGACGAAGCAGAUGGAUACGCUUAGAGCACAGAAAGAGAGGCUUGAAAGUUUAUGCAGGUCAUUGCAGGCGGAACUGAAGAUCGCCCUAGCUGCUGCCAAUGCUGCUGCUGCUGCUGCUGCUGCUCAACAGCAGCAACAGCAGCAGCAGCAGGAGGAGAAGGGGAAAGAAGAGGAGGAGAAGGAAGAGGAGAAGAAGGGGAAGGAGGAGCAGGAGGAGGAGGAGAAAGCGACAAAAGAAAGUGCAGCUGUGGUCCUUGCAGAGGGCCCAGAUCGCGCAGAGUAUGAGGUUGGUGUUCGAGUCUACUGUCGGUUGGCGAUGACCUGGUCGUUCCCUCUACUCUGCUUUGAGUUGAAAAAUGUAAUGGGAGAACGGGGGGAGGAGGAGGAAAUGGGAGGAGGAGAGGCGGUGGAGGAGGAAGGUGGGGAUGAGCAGAAAAGGGGGGAAAUGAAGUUCAGACUGCUUGAUGUUGCAGAUCGCGCAGAGUAGGGAUACUAAGGAAGAAUUAGGGAGGUCGGCUUUCGAUUAUUCUGUUCUGCGUUGGCGCCGUCUUAGUUGUUCACUUUGCCGUUCUUUGAGAGAAAAAGAGCAAUUGGAGGACCGAAAGAAGAGUGGGGGAGGAGGAGGGGGAGGGAAGAGGGGGAGGAGUGAAAGGUUAAAACUUAAUCUCACCCGUGGUGUUCUUGCAGAUGGCCCAGGGUAAGGAAGGACUAAAGAGACGGACCAUCGAUUUUUUACUCUUCAUGGGUGAUUUUUCGUUUGCUACCUUUGGCGUUUUAUUAACGAAAAAAGACAGUUGGAGAAGGGAAGCGUAGGGAGCUGCUUGGUGGCAAAAUUUUUCGGCUUUUGCUUGCCUUGCAGC